AUGGCCAACCCCCAACCCCCCAAUCCCUCAACAGCCACCCCACUCACCUCCCAACCAUCCUCAAACUUCUUCACAACCCUCAGCCCCGAACUCCGCCUCGAAAUCCUAACCCUAGCAUUCGGCUCCCGAACCAUCCACCUCAGCCUCUUCGACACAACGCCUCCCCGUCCCUAUUAUACACCCGGUGGCUGGCCCCCCAAGCUCCCCCAAGGACAAGCCAAACUCUGCAGCACAAUCUGUCGCCGACAUGACCGCUUCGGGCCAAAGGAUAUCCGUGGGUUUCGCAGCGUCGCGGACGAUUCGUGCGCUGCUACUUAUCCCGUUGAUGAGGAGAAGAAGAUGCGGUCGGAGGAAUGGCUCGCGGGGCUGCAUUUAGGGGUUUUAGGGUGGUUGCUGGCUUGUCGGCAGGCGUAUGUGGAGGGUCUUGACGUCUUAUUUUCGACGAACACGUUUCAUGUUGAUCGGCCUCUUUUAGCCGCCAGUCUUUCUAGCUUUUUCCCACAGGAACGUCUUGCGCGGAUCCGGGCGGUGGAGUUGAAGCUGGAUUGGAGAGUAGCACGAUAUGAAGGCGAUCGCGUACCUUUCCAUGAACGGCUCCCGAGGAUUCUUGAAAAUCUCCCUAAGGAACUCCCUCGGGUUACGCACCUCUCUAUCGCCUUUCAGGAUAAUCUCUGGCCGGACCCGGAUGCUCGUUCCGCCCCAUCAGUAGAGGAGUUUAUGCCCUGGCUGGAAGACAAAGCCUUGCGACCCCUGGAUCGUCUAGCGGAGAAUAUGGAGAGGCUGGAGACGUUUGAGGUUUACUUCGUUUCUAGCAUCCAUUCGAAACUGAGAAAGGACAGGCAUUGGGAGAGGGGGAGGACUGGGGAUUUCAGGCCGAGUUUUUGGAGAGGUCUUGAUGGGAGCAAGGAAUGUAAGAAAGGGUAUUGGGUGCACGAGGGCGCUGAUGAUACUCCUUACGUUUGCACGUAUCUACCACCCCCUCCGCGCCCUGCUGCGGAUAGUGCAUGA